CAUGAUUUCCCCCCUAUUUUAGUCAUUAUGAUGUGAUUUCCCCCACUUUAUGUCCAAAUGGGGCUAAAGUGCAUGUACCAGGCUUUAGCACAUAUUCAUCUAUUCUUCAUUGAAUGUAGACAAGUUAAAAUCAAAACCGAAUGCCCUACUUCUACCGGUUUGUGAUGAUAGUUAAAUCACAGGGACUGUAGCCUUGUUUUACUGCCUACUUUGGUACAAAUAACUGCAUCUGAAACGUGAAACCUGAGGAUAAAUUUUCAUAAAAAAUUUGUGAGGAAAUUUCAUUGAAAUUAAUUUCCUUCUCGGCAAAGAGUUAUCAAAAAACAUUAUGAAAUGAAUCAAAUCAAAUAUAGCGAAAGUUUCUCUGUAGUUUUUUUUCUUCACCUUUAAAAUGAAGUGUUUAUUUCUUUUCUUUUUUCAAUUUUCAGAUAUAUUUUGGACAGAGAAUUGGACAAUGUCAGCCAGACUAUAGUCUUUUUGAAGGUUUUGGAAAAAGAUUUUAAUCUUCUCUCAUGUCAGAUUUCGACUACACUCCAUCUGAAAGUGAGGCUCUCCUGUUAAACUACGGACAGAUGGAGAGUCCUGCAUCAACAUCAUACAACAGUCGAGGCGGAGCAAAUGGGAGAGCAUCAAGUAAUCGCCGUGUUAGCAGUGACGAGGAGUUACUUGAUACUAUGAUUGUUGGAGGAAAUUUGGAGAGGUCGACAGGUUUUGCGAACAAAGAAUUAGACCCUAGAUUGCAUGGUUCGUCCAGUCUUAUGGACACUUUGGAUGACUUGCCUCCAGGAAUAGGACAGUAUGAGGACUUUCACACAAUAGACUGGCUGCGAGAUGUGGCUCGGGAUCGUAUGCGACACAGACAAGUGGUCAAGAAGAAACAAGAUGGCUGCCUAGAGUACCUCAAGGGGGCCCAUGAUGCAUGGUCAGGGUGGAUGUGUGUCCUCUUAGUGGGUGUUGCUGCAGGUGCAUUAGCUGGUGUGAUAGAUAUUGGUGCUUCAUGGCUGUCUGAUAUAAAGGAAGGGAUUUGUCGUGAUGCAUUCUGGUUAAAUAAGGAGCAGUGCUGCUGGUCAGCAAACGAUACAACGUUAGAUGAAGAACGAUGCUCACAGUGGUACUCCUGGGCAGAAAUGGUUGGCAUGAAAUCAUCAGGGGGUGGUUCAUAUAUCGUGAGAUAUUUCUUCUACAUUACCUGGGGUUGUUUGUUUGCUCUGACUGCAGCCAUGUUUGUUCGAGUAUUUGCUCCAUAUGCCUGUGGUUCUGGUAUUCCUGAGAUUAAAACAAUACUCAGUGGAUUUAUCAUACGAGGUUACCUUGGUAAGUGGACGUUGCUGACUAAGUCAGUUGGUAUGAUGUUGUCGGUGGCGGCAGGUUUGAGUCUCGGAAAGGAGGGACCAUACGUGCAUGUGGCCUGUUGCUGUGGCAAUAUAUUUUCUUACCUGUUUCCAAAGUAUGGCAGUAAUGAGGCAAAGAAGAGAGAGGUGUUGUCAGCUGCAUCUGCUGCAGGAGUUAGUGUGGCCUUUGGUGCACCCAUUGGUGGAGUACUCUUCAGUUUGGAGGAGGUGAGCUACUAUUUUCCUCUGAAGACACUUUGGCGAUCGUUCUUCUGUGCAUUGGCAGCGGCAUUUGUCUUACGGUCGAUAAAUCCAUUUGGCAAUGAUCAUCUGGUCAUGUUUUACAUAGAAUACAAUGAACCAUGGUAUCUUCAAGAACUUGUUCCUUUCAUUUUGAUUGGGGCUCUAGGGGGCUUAUAUGGAAGUUUAUUCAUCAAACUCAACAUUAAAUGGUGCCAGUAUAGGAAGAAUUCUGUGCUGGGAAAAUAUCCCAUUAUUGAAGUGCUUGUUGUAGCAUUUAUAACAACAUUAUUAAGUUUUCCUAAUCCUUAUACAAGAAUGAAUACCAGUGAAAUGAUACGACAGCUGGUCAGUCGGUGUGGACCUGAAGAUACAAAUGAUUUAUGUGAUUACCAAAGAAAUUUUAGUGAUCCAAAGUCUUAUAUGUCCAGUACGUAUGCGGGGGGUGGUGUGAAGAGAGCAAUAUGGCAGCUUGUCCUGGCUCUCAUUUUCAAAGGAAUUAUUACUGUGUUCACUUUUGGUAUGAAGGUACCAUCAGGAUUGUUCAUACCUAGUAUGGCAGUAGGUGCAAUCAUGGGUAGAUUGAUAGGUAUUGGAAUGGAACAACUAGUCAUAGCAAAUCGUUAUAGUCCAUUGUUCAAGAACAUGUGUCAGUCAGACUGUGCAAUAACUCCAGGACUGUAUGCCAUGGUUGGUGCUGCCGCUGCAUUAGGUGGUGUUACAAGAAUGACAGUUUCUCUGGUGGUGAUAAUGUUUGAACUAACUGGAGGAUUGCAGUAUAUUGUACCACUUAUGUUGGCUACAAUGGCCAGCAAGUGGGUGGGGGAUGCUUUAGGAAAACAAGGAAUUUAUGAUGCACAUAUACGACUAAAUGGUUACCCAUAUCUGGACAACAAGGAGGAAUUUACCCACACCACUAUUGCAGCAGACGUCAUGAGACCAAGACCUCUACAUUUUGCCAAACAAAAGAAUAGAAGACGAAAUGACCCACCAUUAUGUGUCAUCACACAGGAGAGUAUGUCUCUAGAAGAAAUAGAAACAUUGUUAAAGGAGACAGAGCACAAUGGAUUCCCAGUGGUAGUGUCUGUAGACUCUCAGUACCUUGUGGGAUUUGUCACAAGAAGAGAUCUGCAGUUAGCUAUAGCUAAUGCCAGAAAGAACGUAGAGGGAGUCGUCAGCGACUCAAUAGUGUACUUUUCUAAUCAGAUCCCUAGUAAUACGGUCGGACCUGCUCCUUUAAAACUCAGAAAAAUAUUAGAUCUGGCCCCUGUUACCAUAACAGACCAAACUCCAAUGGAGACUGUGGUUGAAAUGUUCCGAAAACUCGGUCUCAGGCAGACUUUAGUCACUGUCAAUGGGCGAUUGCUUGGCAUAAUAACAAAAAAGGACGUAUUGCGUCACAUAAUUCAACUCCAGAAUCAGGAUCCCGACUCCAUCUUGUUCAACUGAUCAUUGUUACCAUUGAAAGGUGCAGACGACAUACCAUCAUCUUAUAUUGAUCAUUGAAAUCAGGUGUGGUCACAGUGUUGUCAUGGAUAUAUUGCAGUCAAGAGACACUUCAGCUCAACUGACCCAGAUUCCAUCUUUUCCCACUGGUCAUUGACUCCAAAUAUGCUAACUUCAUUUUCAUGGAAACUGAGCAGACGGCACAUGUCUCUGCUCAACAGAUGCUUGAGAAAGUUUUUCCUUAGUUACCAUGGGCAGCAAUCAAACUGGAACAUACAAAAUGUUUGUUUCUGAUGAUAUUCCUGCUUUGUUGCCAUGGAAACGACCCUUAAAUUUGAUGGUAUUGAAAAAUGUACAUUGAAAUGGAUAACUUUUGGUUCGGAACAAAGUUAUUAAUUUAAUAAUUAUUACUAUUGACAUAUUGCCUAUGUUGUCAUGGAGACAGUACAGUAUCCAUUCACCAUCUUGUACAGCUGAUACUUGUUGCUAUUGUUACCAUGAUCAUGAAUGAAAUGUAUUAAAUACACAAUGGGCUGUUAGUUGCAUUUUGGGGGAGUUUUUGUACUUUAGUUGCCAUGGAGAUAUUACUGGACUGAAAAGUCAUGUGUACUUGAGAUCUUGUAAUCUAGGUUGUGCUUGAUCUGUGCUUGUGAUGGAUACUGUGCAAGCAAUGUUUUGACCUUUAUCAUACAUUUUUGUUUGAAAUUUAGGAUAUUUAAAAAAAAAAACUGUUACAUAUAUGUUAAAGUGCUACAUAAAACACCAAUAUUAUUUCAAGAUGAAAGUCACUUAACUGUAUUUUAAACUGAAUGAGUAAUUUUAGUGCUUUGAAAACACUGUUAUUUAGUAAUAGUACCAAUAUUUGCUGUUUUUUGUUGUACUGGCCAAGAGAUGGCUAUGUUUAAGAAAUAAUAUAUCUCAUUUAGUGAUUUGUCGCUGAAUAAAUCAUUGUUUGAAGUUCAGAUGCGAAGGAAUUAUAUCACGAGGGCGCAGCCCGAGUGAUAUAAUAAUACGCAUCUGAACGACAAUGAUUUUAUUCAAGAGCAAAUCACUAAAUGAGAUAUAUUAUUUCGAUUCUAACACAUUACCAAGGACUUUAAAGUACAUCCUUGACGGCAUUCAUUAAAUAUUUGCCCGUUUUCAAUCAGUUUCUUUUCCAUCACGCCGCUAUGCCGUUUGACGCUAUGACGAAAUAAUUGUGACGUCAGAACAGUGAAUUGUUGUAUAAUAAUUCAGUGUUUUCAGCCUUCGCUUUUUAAUAGGAAAAUGAAUCGGAUCGUGUUAGAAUUCAGAUUAUUACAUACCUCCUUAAAUAUUAAAUCGCCUGUAUGUAGUUUGUCCUAUUGAUCAGUCUAUAGUUCAACACAGAUGUAGUGGGCUAAAGUCCAAAAUUAAGGAAAAACAAAUUUGAUUUGUGUUUUUCUGUAUCAUGAAAGAAAACACUUAGUGAAUGGCUUGCCAUUCAAUAAUCAAAAACUAUUAGCUCUCAUUCCUUUGGAAUUUCAUGGGGAAAUAGUUUUGACUAUUUAUUGACUGGCAAGCCAUUUCACUAAGGUUAUAAUGAAUGAAUUAAUUUGCAAAGCAUUAGCUAAAGAGCUUUGUAGUAGUUUGUUACUGAAUGGUGACUUUUUCUCUGGUCUUUAAGCACAGUGGUAUUUCACUGUGUUAAACUGGUAACAACAGUAUGUGGUAGUGAUGUUGAAUAUGCAGUGAAAGAAACACUCAUAUGUGGUAAAUUCAAUAGCACGAUUGUGUUUCAGCCAUUUAAAAAAAAAAAAAGUUAUUUUUUCCAAUGGUAUAAAUUUGAGCAUAUAUUGAUUGCUGAGAACUCUGACUGGAUUCCACAAUUGAUAUACCACAAAACAGCAUUUCUGCUGUCACUGUGACUAGUUCAACACAGUGUAAUUGUUGUAUAAUAGAAAUAGCUAUUAUUUCAGAAUGAAAUAAAAACAGCUGUAGUGUAAAUGUAAAAUUCUAUCAUGUUGAAAAUUAUAAAAUAUUCUGUCAUAAUAUGUGUGGUAUUGUGUAGAAUAUGCAUCUAGCAUUCCAUUAUAUUUAUCUACCUUCAAAUUAAGUUAUAGCCUGGGUUUUAUUUAUCAGAGCUUUCUUCACUUAUUUUUUUUUUUUUUUUUUUUUUUUUGUAUGAAGAAGUAAAGCAGAAGUUUUUUCAGUACCUGAUGUAACAUCGUACACAAACUCCCAAGCAAGUCAAAUAUUGGUGUGGAAAGCAUUCCUUGGUCUAAGGUUAUAAAACUGAGAUUGGAUAAUGUCUAAGAAUGAUGCUUUGCCAUUGGUCACUUUCAAAAUAUUGGUUCAGAAACAGCCAAUCAGAUGCUAGAGUUUUGAGACUCUGAUUUAUAACCUGGGCCAAAGUUUUUAAUAACAGUCUAAAAGUCUAAAAACUCUUGCAUCUGAUUGGUUGUUUGUGAGCUUAAUUUUGAAGUUGACCAAUGGUGAAGUUGCGUUCUGGGACUGGUCACCGAACAUGGUUUUAUAACUUUGAGACUUCUUUCCAAAAAUGGUAUAUUUUUAUGUCUCAAACAUACAGAUAUUUUUGAAAUUUAUCUAUCAUAAAAUCAAAAUAUCUUUGGAGGCCAUGAAUUGAUUUUUUUGAGUCGGCUAAAGGCUGAAAGCCUUUUGACGAGUCCUUGCUAUCCAACGAUUCUCUAAACGGACCAAAUAACACAGUGAAGGGAUGUAGUUCCAUUAGAUUUCUCAAACUUCAAACAGUUCACUGCAUGAAUGAAGUUAAGUUGUGUCAAUUCCCUUUGCUAUGACCAAUAUACGAUGUAAUCUGUCAUAUUUAUGACUUGUAAUUGUGCAAUCCUCGAAUGUAACUCAUUAAGCAUAAAUGUGCAUUUUAAGAAUUGCGCAGGCUUACAAAGCUUGGGUAACAUCCAGCAAAAGACAAAAAAUAGUUCCAGCAGGGCUGUUCCAGCAGGGCUCCAGAUAAGAUGCGUAUUAGCGUAAAUUACGUAUAGAAAUAAUGCAAAUACGCAUGUCUAAUAAUUUCUAAGCGUAUAAAAACGUAUAUAAAAUUACAGAAACGCACACAAUGCUUUUUUAAAAACAAAAUCUGAAUCGUCUGGAUGCGUUAGGUAACAUAGCCGAUCAGCCUUAAUUCUCCCACAUUGAACGUAAACACGCAUCGUAUGACUUCUAUAAACUUUGCGUGGGUUGAAUUCUGCAGUCAGUAAACUAAUAAAUUAUCGGAAGAAGAAGCUCUUACUGGUUUGUUUAGUUACUACUGAUAUUAAAAAUGAUUUUAAUUCUUAUUUUUCAAGAAAUAAACAAAUCGGCGAAACAUUAAAUUGUAUUUUCUUGUAGUUUUUGAAAUCGAAAGUAGAUCGUCUAUGUUUGGCGAAACGAAACAACUUUUUUAUGAAAAGAUUUAAAUAAGAGGUAAUUUAACCGUAAACUUCAAUGUCAGAUACUGCCAAUUGCUGCUAAAUGUCUUCGUAUCAUCACAAUUUGUAAAAUAUAUUGUUCAAACUGGAGAAAAGUGUAAUCGUAUCCGGAUAUAAUAUUUUGGGUAAAUAUCGAGCUGUGUUAUGAAAUUUUAAGAAAAAAAACUAAAAACAAACUGAAACUGGUAGACUAUACUGUCAGUACAUCAAUCAUUAGCCGACUCAGGCCAUUCAGGCCUUUGAUUUUUUUUUUGUUAUGUAAACAUUUUUGGUUUACCUAUAAAAUACAAUUGAAGGCAGCUAUUUAAACUUACGUUGAAAUUUUAAAAAAAACUUUUAAAACUUAUUUCUUAUCUUGAAAUUAAGUCUAAAACAUAAAAAGACUAGACCCUGUGCCGUGGCUUUAUCCCCAAUACUCUGAUAAAAAGGGAUUUCUUGUUUGUAAUUUUAUGUCUAAAAAAAUAGAAAGGCUAUGACCUUAUGCAGUGCUUUGUCAAAAAUGCUCUGAUAAAAAUGGAUGUCUUAUUUAGAAAUUAUGUCUAAAAACAUGAAAAGGCCAUAUCAGUUUGAUUAUUUAGAAUAGUGCUCGAUCCCUGACACUGUAUUAUAAAUAGACAUUGUCCGUAAAAUGCCUGUUGAUACGCAUGAAAGCUUCAUUCCAAGCUUCCAAAAGUUAAGAAAAAAGAAAACUCUGAUAAAUAGAACCCAGUUUUAUUUAUGUUACUGCUCACCUCAAAACUUUUUUACUCAAGUUGAUGAGGUUAUUUUUGGUCUCAUAUUCAAAUUUUCAUUUUACGUUAAUUAUUGUAUUUUAUCAAGGGAAUUUAUUAUUGUUCACUGGUACAUAAUUGUUUUGUUUGUUACAGAAUUUUAAUCUUUCAUUCUGUUGAUAUGAAUGAAAAAAAAAGUUAUUAAUUUUGUUAAAGAUACAUAAGAAUACAGCAAAAAUUGUUUUCUAUUAAAUCAUGUGGAAAACUCUGAUCAUUAACUUUUUGUUAUGAAAUCAGAUCUUUAAAUUUUGAUUGGCUGUACUGUAAACUAUUGUUAAAUUAUUGAAUUUCAUGGGCAUUAGUUUUUGUGGUUUUGAUAAAAACAACUAUUGCUUGGUAAUAUGAAUUUGUGGAUUUAAAAUCUUAAGGAGAUAGAUAGAAGAUUUGCCUAUUCUUCGGAAUUUAAUUUCCAUUGACACAAUCACAGAAUCCACAAAAAGUAGUACCCCGAAAAUGUAAAUGAUUUAACAGGAUUGUAUAUGAAAGGAAUGUGUGUAGUAUGAAUUUGUCUAUGCACUUGCAGCAAGCUUACGGCAAGCAAGGGCGAGGGCAUGUGUUUUGAUGUUUUAGCAGGCUGCUGUUGAUUUAUUGCUUUUUGAUUGCUGAAAUAUUGUAUAAAAAAUGGCAUUUAAACAACAUGGUGAUUACAGGAUUCUACAGACAAAGUUAUUUGAAAUAUCAGUUUUCUGUUGAAACUUAGGAAAUGUUUUGGUCUGAAAUCUUUUAAAUAUUUUGCAAAGUAAGGAUAAUCUAUAAAUUAGAAUGAAAAGGUGUUAUCUUUGGCACUGCAGAUUCUACUAAACUAUUAAAGCUUGUAUAUAAGUUUUAGAAUGGCAAAGUUUAAGCUUAAUUAGAGAAAAUAAGUCAACAGAUAAGUUUUAACUGGGAAAACAAGAUUUACGUGUAAAUUUGGACUUCAAAAGCUGUGGAUUGUUCUUUGAAAAAUAUUUUCAUCGUAGUAUCAGUAGGUACAGAUUUAAUCAGUCUGAAUUGUAGUGAUGCAAGUAGACAAUUGGACAUGGAUGGAUUAAAAUUUUAGCCCCUGAUACUUAUUCUUAAAAUCCCGGUAGGUGCCUGCUCAUAAAUUGUGCACCACAGUGCAUAUAUGAUAAAAUAGUGAAUUACAAAGUGCUCUGCUACUUUAAACAUUACCAUGUCAUGUGCUAGGUACAAUUUGAAAGUUUUACAACCCUUUACCAAAUGAAAUAAUGUAGCGUUGCACCAGUUACUGGAAGAAUUUUGACAUUAUUAGAUAACCAGGAAUGUUUUAACAUCCAUUGAAUAUUGGCGAUGACAUUGAUAUAUUUAAUUGUUGUACUGGUAGAGUACCAUACAGUACCAUAGAAUGUACUCCUUAGCAGGCACCUUUUUCCUCAUCCAUGUCCUUCUAGCCAAAAGUAAAUAAAUUUUCAGAUGAAAAUUUAACUGUUUUUUAUUGUAUGCUAAAAUAUUCUAUGUUGUUUAUUUAUUCCUGUAAAUAUUUCAUUUGUUUUUGUUUUUCCAUUCAAUUUCCUUAUCAUUUAUUCAGAUAGAUUUACGUUUUACAUUUCCUUUAUUAUAUAUACUGUGAUAAAUCCCCCAUGAUGUUUUAUAUAUAUUGCAAUGUCAUACACGAUCAAGUUAUGUUAUAAUAAACGACUGAGCUUACUGUUAUAAUAUUUAAUCGGUUUUUCAAUAGACAUUGCUUUCAUUUUAUGUACUAUUUAUGAGCGGUGCUGUGCAAACACCAGCGUUUGGGCUUUGCAACCAACAUGGAUCGGGAUCAGUGCUCAUCUGUUUUGUUUGUUUAUCCCAACAUCCAUACUGCUUGUUCAUUUUAUGCUAACUACUGAAAUACUGCAUUCUAUCAGUGAAGUAAAUUCCAUAUCUGUUCAGUCACUGGUUAUCACUCACUGUAGCAUUUUUUGCCACAGGAUAAGCAUAAAAUAAAGAGAAAAUUUGUUUGCUUAGCGCUCGUGGAAUAUUAAAAUUUCAUUACUAGUCGAUGAGAUAUAUACCAUAUCCACUCAAAACAAACAAAUAUCCGCUAUUUAGCAUUUUCAGCACUUGUAUGCAACUGAUCAGUGAAUAGUGUGGCUCAAGAUAUGCAGGCUGAUCUGGAUCCUUAUUGGUCACAAAGCUGUAAUGUUGGUUUCUCACAGCGGCGCUCAAAUAUUUAUUGUCAUUUUUGUAAAUGUGUCAAUACUCGAUUUUUUUGGUAAGAAAAAAGUAAAAAUAACAGAAGUAAGACAACUAAAGGAACGUACAGUAGAUACCCAUGUAUAAUGCGCACAAGUGUAUAAUGCACACACCCCGAUUUUAGCCCAAAAUCCCGGGAAAAAACAUUUUUGGUCAAUUUUGAGGUGGAUGGAAAACAGAAUUAGACUUUACAUUGACACCGGUACAUGUAUAUCGUUAUGCCAAAAUUUUCAAAAACUAAUAGCAAACACCUGUGAAAAAUCAUAAGUCAAUAUGAGAGUUCAGUGCGAAACUAGCCUAUGUGUAUAUAUUACAAAUAGUGAAACAGAUAUACUACUUUUGCAUUUAGUCCUUAGAAUUAUGAUUGAUCUCAUUAAAGUUCAGUUGUUAUAGUUUGGUAUAAAGUAAAGCUAAAUUAUUUCAAGUUGACAUGGGCUGUUCCACAAAAUUAAUAAUAUAGACUUUUUGUGUUAAAUAUUGUCAAGAACUCACUGAAUCACUUUGUUUUCGUCUUUUAUGUGAAACUGUAUUACUGAAAAAAGAAAGUAUUCCAAUUUAAACAGAUGAAAUUACAAACUUGAAAGAAUGUUGAAUCUCAUGAACAUUUUACACUUUAAUAUUUGCAAAAGUAAAUAAAUACAUUUAUAAGAUUUAUGUCGUUAAAGACAUAUUAUAGAUAUUGUAUGUGGAGUACUCAUAUCAGAUGUUUUGUCUUAGUGAAAUUAUUCUGUUAUUAAACUGAUAACUGAUGUACAA